GGAGGAGGAGGAGGAAGGGGGAAGGAAGGAGGCUCUCUGCCGGAGGCCAGGGGGAAGUGGCCGGAAGAAGGGCCCGCCGUCCUCCUCCCGCUCCUUCCACCUCGGAGGCGCCUGGGCUGUUGGCCGUCCUCCUCGAUGGGGAAGACGGCGUGGGACCAUCUGCUGGAGGCCCUGGAGGACCUGGGCGAGCAGGAGCUGAAGCGCUUCAAGGGCAAGCUGCGCGAGGUCCCCAUCAAGGCGGGCUACGAGCACAUCCCCAAAGGGCGCCUGGAGAAGGCCGACCCCCUGGACCUGGCCGAGCUCCUGAUCAGCUUCUACGCCGAGGACUACGCCCUGGAGCUGGCCGCCAAAGUCCUGGCCGAGGUCCACUGCAAGCCCCAGGCCGAGAGGCUCCGGGCUCGCUCCGGCAUCGGUGGUUGCAGUUAUCCUCAGCCCUCUGUGCCAUCUGCUGGUGCCACCUCAGGAACAAAUGGGAGCCAUUUUAUCGACCGCUACAGGGAAGACCUUAUCAAUCGGACUGCUUCGGUUGAGCCAGUGCUGGAUCGCUUGCACAGUUCAGUCAUAACAGAAGCGCAAUACCAAAAAAUCUGUGCAAAGGAAACUAACCAAGAGAAAAUGAGGGAGCUCUACAAGCUCAUGCCCAGCUGGAACACCACUUGCAAGGAUAAGCUGUAUGAGGCACUGAAGUCCCAAAAUCCUUACCUUAUCGACGACCUCGAAGGGAAAUGAGACCACAAAACAGAGGAAAAUAGAGUAAUAUUGUUCAGUGAUACUGUACAGGAUAUCCAUCUUCCUAUGUAAAAGACAAUGCCGUAGAAAGUCUUCUCUGAAAUAUGGAUUUUUUAAAUCAUCUGCUAGAGAAAAGUCAAAAGGACUUGCCACAAAAUGUUGCCUUUUGUGCUAAAAGGAAUGCUUUCAUUCGGGUAUUUUGCAGGGUGAGGGGUGGGGUAGGAGAAAAUACAGUUUUCUAUAUAAAUCCUAACAUUCCCUUUGCGUCUGUUAUGAGAGAGGAACAAAAAAGACAGACACACAUGGUCCAAUCAAUUUCUACUUCUGCACUUUUGUAAUUCAGAAAUGUACAUUUUUUUGCUUACCUAGAAUGUCCCCUUGAUAUAUAGAAACUACAAUCUUAUUCUGGGGUGCAGUAGUUUCUCCCCCAUAUGUUCCCAAACAUCUGAAUGAGGAUCAUGGACCUGCAAAAUUGGUGGUCCUAAAAACAAAAAUUAAAAAAUGUGUGCUGGUUUUAUAGGAAUUUGCCAUUCUAAAUAAAAAAAAAUAGCCCCAGAUUUGCUCAAACAGAUAGAUUUUUCAGAACUUGCUUACAUGUUUCUGUGUUGUAGCUGAAUGAAAUGAUCCUGCAAAGAGUAAGAAAGGUGUUAAACUCUUCUAAUAGACUGGCAAAACAUUUUAAUUCACUGAUAUGAAACAGAAAAUCCAUUCAAAAGCACAGAAAGAAAUCGGACUGAAACAUCAGCAUCCGCCCUCAAUCAAAGCUGUGACAACUGAAUUGAUUAAAAUUAAAAUUAAAAUACUGAAUUUGUGAAAGAA